AUGUCGGAAGAACGUGGCAUGAAAUCGCUUCGGAGCGGGAAGAAGCGCAGACCGUCGCGCCCAACCAUCAGCGCUCCGAAGCAGAUAUCGAGUCCUAUGCCACAGGACAACUCUCUUGGAGGUGCUCCCCCUGUAGCUUCUGAGGCAGCUCCUCGACCACGACUCCGACCGCCGCCUAUGGCAGGCGGAAAGACCUCUGAUCUAGUCAAGCAACGAUACUCUACCCGAUUCAACAAUCUUCCCACAGACUUCGAUGCCUCGGCACCUCCAAUUCCCGCAGUUCCUUCGAUUGCCCAAUAUGAAAAGAAGGAGGCACAGCGGCCGCCACCGUCUCGAGGAGGUGCUGCACCAGUCAUCGAUAUCAAGGCCCUUCGUGACCCCAACCUCGCACCCGAUCAAUACGUGUCAGCUGUGUUGGGAGAUGCAACAAACGACCAGAUCCAGGACUUCCAAGUGUCUCUUCGAAAGCUCAAGAGCCGUGCAGCUACGGACUUGCAACAGAAUCUCAUGCAGAACCGUACCCAGUUCAUCAAGAUCAGUAAGGAAGCAGAAAAGUUAAAAGGCGAGAUGAGGGCGCUACGAAAUUUGAUGGCGGAGCUUAAAACCAACACAACGGCCCUCCGUGCCGCUUCCAUGAAAAAUGAUGAACCGGCAACUAUUCCAGGCAGUGGCCCCUCGGGCUUGAGCAAGCGAGACAAGCGAAGCUCUGUUGCCGAUAGAAGCGCGUUGUGGAACUCUCAAAUGCAAGCCUUGUACAAGAACGUCGAGGGAUCCCAAAAGUUCCUGCCCAAUGCCGUUGGUCGACAUGUUGUCCAGAAUGCUGGCUCUUGGGUGGAGUUGGACAAUGCCACGUACAAGUCGCGGCGAGCUAUGCAAAUAUUUUUGCUCAACGACCACCUGCUCAUUGCUUCGCGCAAGAAGAGAAAGGUGGAUGCGCCCACUGAUGCUCGGGGUCCAAUGAUCAAACUGGUGGCUGACCGUUGCUGGUCUCUGUUGGACAUUGAGGUUGUGGACAUGCCUGGGACCGCUGAAUCAUCUGGAGGCAGGAACAAGCUUGCCGAUGCCAUCAUGAUCCGAGGUGGCGGCCAAGAGUCUUUCAUCUAUCGAACAGAGAAGCCAGAAGCGGAUGAGAAGAAGAGUUUACUUUUGAACGUGCGAAAAGCUGUUGAGCAGCUACGCAAAGGCUUGCAGUCCGAGAUGGAGGCCAACAACAAGGCCAGAGAGACGAUUAAUUACUUUGCGUCAAGGGAUCCUGGUCUUCUUCAAAAGACGGAACUUUUGGAAACAUUGUCCGAUAUCAAGGAUAUGCUGAUCGAAGUCGACGGCAAGCAACAAAACCUCCGGUGGGUGGAGGGCCAGAUGGACGAGCUUGACAUUGAUAUUGCCCUUCAAAAGUUUGAGCCUGCUGUUGUUCGCGUUGAAAAGCUCAAAAGUCUUGCCCGUGGUCUUCGGAGUAAUGUUGUUGCACAGGACUUUAUCAAUUUCAAGGUCGACGAGCGAUCUGGUAGACUUGCCGGUAUCAUUAUUCGCGAGCUAGAGUCUGUUCACUCCUCUCCAACAAAGACGAGGGAGAGAGUAGGCUGGCUCACUAGGCUUGGCUUUGACGACAGAGCCCGAGAGGCUUAUCUCAUUGCUCGAACUGGGCUGAUUCACAAGAGAGCAAGGCAAUGCAUUUUCCAAGGUGACCUUCACCUGUACAUUUGGCAGUUGUCGUUUGUCUACUUUACAAUCAUCCACAACACGGUGCAGACGUUUCAGAGCUGCUUCCCUACUCCCAUGAUGAGUGCUUGCGUCAAGUGGGCCAAGGAGGAGGUGGAAGCAUUCAAUGUUAUUCUAUCUCGACAGCUGAGCAGUACUGAGCGCGGCGGACAGGUUUGGACGCAGUGUAUGGAUAGGGCGAAGCAGCACGCACAAAAGCUGGCUGAUGUUGGGUUGGACUUUAAGAACUUGGUUGGACAAGACAUGGAGCAACCGGCCACGCCAGGCACCGAAGGAGCAGGAGUUUCACCCGUUGGUUUGGGGCUAGCGUAG